AUGGGCGACCCACACUACAUCACCUUUGAUGGUCUGGUGCACCACUUUCAAGGGAAGUACACCUAUAUUCUAACUCAGACCAUCCCUGGCCUGCCUGAUACUCUGACGCAGUUCAGCAUCGAAGGCACGAACUAUCCUUUACAUCACAGUCGACACAUCACUAACCUGAAAGAGAUUCUUGUCACUGUUUACAAUCACACAGUGCGAUUCAGGCAGCACAAGCAGGUUCUGUUGGAUGGUGUGAGGGUGAGACCUCCUCUUCGGCCUCAUGAAGGUAUUCGUAUAUAUCAGAGGACAACAAGAAUUUAUCUGGAGACAGAUUUUGGCUUAUACCUGAGCUUUGAUGGCAAUCAAAAUGCAGAUAUAAAGCUGGCCAACACCUACAAAGGCAGAGUGGAAGGUUUGUGUGGUGACUUUGAUGGGAGAUCCAGAAAUGACUUCACAAAUCCAAAUGGCGUUUGGGUGAAGAACGUGAAUGUAUUUGGUGAGAGCUGGAAAGUUCCUCUGAAAAGAAGCUCUCGUCUCAGACGAGAUGUCAACUCAGAAAAUGAGCCUGAAGAGGAACCAGAUACAGGGCUUUUCCAAGGCUGCAGUGAAAAUCAGCUGGGGCAGCAAAACUCAACCUCAAUGUGUAAAAUUCUGACUGACUCAAAUGGUCCUUUUGCAAAGUGUCAUUCUACAGUCCCACCAGAUUUCUAUGCCAUGAGCUGCCUGUUUGAUAUGUGUGUGGAAGAAGAUGCAGUUGCUACCUUAUGUCGCAGUCUGGAAGAAUAUGUGCUGGCUUGUCAGCAGCAAGAAGUCAGUAUGGAAGGCUGGAGGCAACAGACAGUUUGUGAUAUAUCAUGUCCUCCCAACAGCAACUACAGCUCAUGCAUGUCUGCAUGCCCAGCAUCCUGCAAUGACCUGACCAGCCCCUCUGAGUGCGAAUCACCCUGUGUUGAAGGCUGUGAAUGUCUCCCUGGCUAUGUUCUUAGUGGUUUUGAAUGUGUACCCUACAAACAGUGUGGCUGCACCUACCUUAACAAAUACUAUGAGAUUGGAGAAACAUUUGUCACCGAUGACUGCUCUCAGAAAUGUCUGUGCACAGAAAGCUCCACUGUUUCCUGCUCUAACAUAGAGUGUGCAUCUGAUGAAAUCUGUGGCAUUUCAAACUACAGUCGUGGAUGUUACAGAAGUGGACCAUGUAUGCCCAAUCCAUGUAUAAAUGAUGGUGUUUGCUCUGAAACUACCAACGGCACCUCUCACCACUUCUCUUGUGAGUGUUCAGAACUGUACACAGGACUAACCUGCGAGGCUGAAAACAGAGUUCAACACAUAGAGUAUCCCAAGGACGAUACAAUUGCCAUUGCCAUUGGAGUUGUGGCAGGUGUAGCUGUUCUUGUCAUUCUCGUCUCCUCUACAAUGUACCUGUACAG